ACUUGAUUGGCGCUCAACGACCUAUUCGAAACCGGGCAAGUAUCGAGGAUCUGCUUCGUCGGCAACUUAUGUCGGUGCUCGAGAGCCCUCACAAUGAUACAGAGCUGUCAAAUGCAAGCUUGAUACAAUUACUCGAGGUCUACGAUAAGCUUGAUCAACCGAAAUUGGAAGCAAUACCAGCGAAUCACCGGGCCGAAAUUCAAGAAACCCGGAUCAAGGCCACGGCAUUGUUUGAAUGGUCGGAUGGAAACCUGGUACAUGCCAUGAAAACUGGUCAAUUCUUCCUUCUAGAUGAGAUCUCACUUGCCGAUGACUCUGUUCUUGAGCGUCUAAACAGCGUUCUGGAAUCAUCUCGCACCCUGUUGCUCGCAGAGAAAGGUCCCAACGACUCCCUCGUUACUGCAGAAGAUGGCUUUCAGUUCCUUGCCACUAUGAAUCCUGGCGGCGAUUACGGGAAGAAGGAGCUCUCGCCUGCGCUUCGAAAUCGCUUCACUGAAAUCUGGGUUCCAGCCCUGUCAGACGUCGAAGAUAUUCUGCAAAUUGUGCGGUCAAAGCUCAAGCCCAGUGCCUUGCAGUAUGCUGAGUCGAUUGUCUCGUUUGCGCAAUGGUUCAACGAGGAGUACAACACAUCUGCCUCGUCUUCCAUCUCAAUCCGAGAUACCCUUGCUUGGGUGACCUUUGUUAACAACACUCAGAAUGACGAUCCCCUUUUUGGAAUUGUUCAUGGUGCGGCGAUGGUCUUCAUUGACACUCUUGGGGCGAACCCCGCUGGUCUACUGGCCAUCUCCUCUACAUCAAUUGAGGAAGAACGAAAAGCUUGUCUUCAUCGACUCGGCAAGCUGGUGGGCAAAGACGUCACUACCCUUUACUUUGAUGCCGUCAGCAUCAAUAGUACUGCGACAUCACUGCAAAUAGGAUCGUUCUCGAUACCGAAAAACCUCUUCGCGGCUGAAGAUUCUACUUUUUCCUUUGAAGCUCCUACAACACGCUCAAAUGCUAUGAGAGUGGUGCGAGCACUGCAACUACCAAAGCCUAUCCUCCUUGAGGGUAAUCCUGGAGUCGGCAAAACUACACUCAUUAUUGCUAUUGGAAAAGCUAUUGGAAUGCCACUGACGAGGUUGAAUUUGUCUGAUCAAACGGACCUCAUGGAUCUUUUCGGUUCCGACGUACCGGUUGAAGGUGGACAAGCCGGAACAUUCGCUUGGCGUGAUGCGCCAUUCCUCAAAGCCAUGAAGAAUGGCGAAUGGGUAUUGCUGGAUGAGAUGAACCUAGCAUCUCAAUCGGUGCUCGAGGGUCUCAACGCUGUCCUAGAUCACCGCGGCGAAGUUUAUAUAUCCGAACUCGACCAGAUAUUCCAUAAGCAUCCAGACUUCCGGGUAUUUGCUGCACAGAACCCUCAUCAUCAAGGCGGAGGUCGUAAAGGUCUGCCAGCAUCUUUUGUCAACCGUUUCACUGUUGUUUAUGCAGACGUGUUUCGUCCCCACGACUUAUCGCUCAUCUGCACGAAAAUAUUCCCCCACAUUGAUGGAAAUGAGACCCAGAAGUUGAUCAACUUUGUCGCUUCCCUAGACGACCACGUGGUGGUGAGGCGGUCUUUCGGGGCUCUAGGCAGUCCCUGGGAAUUCAACCUCCGGGACACGCUUCGUUGGCUCCAGUUGCUUCACUCUCAGAACUUCGUGGGCUCCGCUCGAGACCUCCUGGACACGAUCUUCAUGCAGCGCUUUCGAAAUGGCGUAGAUCGGCAACGACUCCUCAAGCUUUUCGAGGAUUCAUAUGGUAGCCACGAAUACCGAGUAAGCUUCUAUCACAAUCUUUGUCCAAAAUUCCUCCAAGUCGGCCUAGGCUUGUUGGCAAGGAAUUCAUCCACGACCCGUCCCGACCUUGUAUUGCCGCUGCGGGUAACUCAGCUUGGGCCAAUGGAGUCAAUUAUGAUUAGCGUUCAGCAGAAUUGGCCUGUCAUUCUUGUCGGUCCGCCCGGAUCUGGCAAGACGUCUCUUCUCAGCCAGCUAGCCUCAUUCGUCGGAGCUGAACUAACUACAUUCUCGAUGAAUGCUGAUAUUGAUGCCAUGGAUCUAGUUGGUGGGUACGAGCAGGAAGACCCAUCUCGAGAAAUAAAUCGUUAUCUUGCUAAGCUUGAGAAAUUCGUUCGACGUGGUGCUUCCAUCGAGCAGACGCCUUCGUUACUUUUCCUGAAGCUUCUUGAGCUUCUUUCAUCAGGACAGAGUGCUAUCUCAGGUGAGUUGUAUUCUCUUCUUGAAACAUUGGCAAAGGAGUCCCGAGGAACCACUUCAUUAGAAUCGCAAGCACUUUUACAGGAGUUAGAACGACUCUCACAAGCUCCCACCCAUAUCGAAGGCGCCCGAUUUCGAUGGGCAGAUGGCAUCCUCAUUCAAGCUCUCGAACAAGGCAAUUGGCUGGUUCUGGACAACGCCAAUCUCUGCAGUAGUGCGGUCUUGGACCGGCUUAACUCGUUACUCGAACCCAAUGGGUAUCUCAGCAUCAAUGAACAUUCCACUGAUGACGGAGAGGCGAGGAUCGUUCGACCGCACAAGGACUUUAGGAUCUUUCUUACCAUGGAUCCGAGGUUUGGCGAAUUGUCGAGAGCAAUGCGGAAUAGGGCUACUGAGAUCUUCCUCCUUCCCAAGGACUACAAAAAUGAGCAUGAGAUGUGUUAUAACUACCUUCCUGGAUAUCCUCUGGAGUCACAAUCGUACCGAUUCCGGAAUUUUAUGUCUGGCGAAAGUGGCCUAGUGGAUACGAUAAGUGUGCCCUUCGAGCACCUUAUCCCUAUGGAUAGGGAGAUGCUUCAAACCUUUAAUUCGGAAGCAUUAAAAGGACUUGCAUCUCUCCGCUCUGAUUCUCUAACGAAUAGGGUAGCCUGGUGUAGGCCAAUGAGUCUCCGCAAUGGAACCACUCAUACCUCUUCAGGCCUGCCAACGUUGUCUCGAUUCCUAACCGAGCAGUGGCAUUCUACCGCAUCUUACUAUCAAACUCAACUUACACAUGAUAUCGGUGGACCACUGGGUUUCGACUACUCAGCUUACCACCCCCUUGUCAAUGAGCUUUGCCUGAACGCUGAUACCUCUACCCGAUCACUUUUAAUUUUAUACGCCGAGGCGUACGAUGAGUAUUUGGACUUGUACAAUAUGCAACACGCAAUAGAAAUGAUUCCUUCCAUGAAAUUCGAGCGACGAAAAGAGAAACAAAAGCUUCCAGCAUUUCUACAAGCGUUUCGACACAGCCUCAUUAUUGCCUCGGGCAUGAACGUCAAUCCCAUUGACAUAACACACUUCCACUCAUUCCACACUCUUCGGGUCCUCUUUUGGGCUUUCCUCCAGCUCGCAAC